AUGCAUAAUCAACCUAAUCACAAUCCCUUAAAGGUUUCCGUUUUUGCGUGGAGGCUCAUCCGUGAUCGUUUACCAACAAGGACAAAUUUGAUUGCUAGACGGGUGUUGUCGCCUGACAUGUCUUCGUGUGUUGCUGAUUGUGGUCAUCCUGAAUCGGCUCGACAUCUAUUUUUAUUGUGUGAUACUUUUGGUUCUCUGUGGCAUUUGGUGCGUGACUGGAUCGAUUGCUUUGGGGUGGACACAGAUAAUAUUUCAGAUCAUUUUUUACAGUUCACUCAUUUGAUAGGUGGUGGUGCUGCUAGACGUUCUUUUUUGCAACUUAUAUGGCUUCUUUGUGCCUGGGUUGUUUGGAAUGAACGUAAUAACCGGAUGUUUAAUCAUGUUGUUACCCCCAUCCCUUGUUUACUAGAUAAGAUUAAGCUGAUGUCUCUAGGUUGGUUGAAAGCUAAAAAAGCUACCUUUGUUUUUGGGACUCAGCAGUGGUGGUCAAACCCCCUUGUUUGUUUGGGUAUUUGCUAA